AUGCAAGCAGUCGAUACGCAUACACAGCCCUACCAGGACCCUCGGCGUCAGCCACGCCACCCUCAGGAUGUGCAGACUAGCGGCUAUCAACUUGCGCCUACUGGCGGCAACUUCCUGAUGCCAGACGCGCAAGGCACAUUCACAUACUCUGCAGAGCCUGCAUCCAUGGUUUACGAUGGGUCCAUGGUAUCGCUUCCCUCAUCCAGCACCCCUGGGCAGGAAUCCAUCUUCACUCCUAACGUUGGAUCCUCUCUCGACUCCUCAUUACAUCCGGACAUGUCAUAUCCACCACCGAAUGCCUACAAUCAAGCUCCAAACUACGGUCUUUCUCCGGGGUCCUACUACGGAAACGGACAGAACAUCUCGCCCUCACAUUCAGUUGAGCAUUUUAGCCCAGAAACGGGUUACAUGAGCGAUCCCAGUCACCACGAUCUCAGCGCUUAUGCAACGCCAAAUUUCAAUGCACACGUUCUCGAUGAAUUCUCUGGGCUGACCUUUGCCGAUAACGGGACGCUGAACACGUACAACGCUCAGCCAAGCAACCACCUCAGUAACACUUCGCUAAACCCGCACCAUCAAUUGAUGUCGCCCAGUGCGACGAACAAUUCCAGUCCGGCACUAGGCGAUGAGAGCUCAGCCUUCCCCUCUAUGCAGUACAACGGGAACAUUCCUGGAAACGUGCCAAUGGCAAACCCAAGGCCCCUCACGCGACAUUUGACGAGUCCCAUUGUACGUGUGGAAAACUAUAGCAGAGAAGAUUCGCCUUCGCGUUCCGACAACAGCAUGCCUGUCAGCAAGCACAGCUAUGGUAGUCGUCAUUCCGGUAAUCACCUAUCGCCGUAUGCGCAUAACGAUGAUUCGGAUGGUGAAGCGGAGCCUCACGAGAACCUGCAUUCGCGACCAGGAGUCCGUGGACCCGAUCGCAACGAGGACGGCUCCUGGCUCACGACAGGACAGUCGGGGCAGAACGGUAUUAACCCUGACGAGCGCCGCCGGAUGGGUGACGCCUGGAUCCCCAGCAUAGAGGAAAUUGCAGAGCAACGCUCGAAGGAUGAGAAGAAGCUUGAAGUGCAGGAGUGGCUCACUAAGAGUGAGGUCGGAAGCGAGGCAGGCGACGUAGGGCCUUCGAACAAUCUACUCAAGCCCAUCCCGGGUCGUCGUCGAGCGAAGAGCCACAACGACAUUCAACGCCGGGCUCUCCCAGAUAGCUUCGGGCUGGGUGUGCGUACCAACUUCGACCGUAUAGAUGAUUCGGGCAUACCUGGACCUGGGGUUUACAUUGACGAACGAAGCGAUUACGGCGACUACGAUUACGACGAUGAUGAGUCGGCAGAACCUGAAUCCCCACCCGCUGCGAUCGAUAUCAACGCAAGCCAUAUAGAAAACUCGUACUUUCCUCCGACACAAGAACUUAUACCAAAGGAUGGUACUGCUGUCAAGCCAUGGGUAGAUGGACCGUUGCAGCCACACCCGCCAAACCCAUCGGCUCGAUAUCAGCCGCCCACAUCCAAUGCUGCGAUGAUGCGCUUCUUGGUUCGAGCGAAGGACGUUGAACAAGCUUCACUUGCGGCAACUGUUGGCUCACGCCGUCUCAGCGAGUCUGAUAUUGGUAGCAUACGUGCAGCUCCCGGUGUUAUCAAAGUCAUCGAACCCGAGCCAAGAAAGAGCAAGGAGCGACAACGGCGGCCCAGCUUCUUGGAAAACAUUCUACCCAAACGUACACCAAGCAAUAUACUCAAGCGCAAGGGCAGUAUACCAGUGCAGCAGUCUGAUGCAGCCUCGGACAAGUCCAAGGAGCCCAUCAUUGAGAAGCCGAAACGUAUAGGUAGUUGGGGUCGUCCAAAAUCUCCUCGAGUUGAUACAAACCUAAGCAGUCAUAGCAAGGACGGGGGACAACUUAGUUCAGUAGGUCUGUCUGCGGCAGCGGGCCCGUGGUACAAAGGUCCCAAAAAUGCCAUCAGACGUACUCGAAGCAGGAGCGAUAUCGGGAGAGGGAGAUCGCCUGGGCUGGCUGAGCUGAUGACGCAGCACGGAGGUCCACCGAUGCCUAUGUUAGCUUCACCGCUCGCGGACACAGAGGCCACGAAGCCUUCCGCACAGCCAAGUCCAGCUGGAGACGAUGAUGAAGAUGACCAAGACCCCGUUAGUAUGGAUCUCACGGUCCGCACCGAUCCCAUUGUCCCAACGUACGACGGCUUUAGAAGUCAUGCUAGACAACUGAACCCACGCCUGGCUGAUUUCAUGGUUGAGCGUAUCACCCAGGAGCAAAUGCGCAGAUACAAGAGAUUAUUGGAGUUCAAGGUCAAGCAUCUCAACGCCGUACAGCAUAAGAAUUGUGCCUCUGCAAAGUUUUGUACUGACCUCGGUGGUGAGGCGAAGCAACUCCCUCCGAAAGCCGGUGCCAAGGAUGCCGAAACUCCUUUCAUCGGUUUCCAGGUCACUGCACCUGGUUCUUCCGACGACGAUGGCGAGCCCCCGCUAGAAGGUAAUGUGGCUCCUGCCGCGUUCCCAUCAGGUGUACCUCUUCCCCCUGUCAAGCGCCUACCAGCCGAGUUCGAAUGCACGUUGUGUUUCAAGGUCAAAAAGUUCUACAAGCCGUCCGACUGGACCAAGCAUGUACAUGAAGACGUACAGCCUUUCACGUGCACCUUCCCCAAUUGCGGGGAACCCAAAUCGUUCAAGCGCAAGGCGGACUGGGUCAGACAUGAGAACGAGCGACACCGUCAGCUGGAGAACUGGACAUGUCAGAUCGCAGACUGCAACCAUACCUGCUAUCGCAAGGACAACUUCGUGCAGCAUCUCGUUCGUGAGCACAAGAUAGCUGAGCCACGGCAACGUACCCGAGCCGCUCACAAAGACGCGACAGCAACUGGUGACCAAGAUGACAUUUGGGCCAUUGUCGAAAGAUGUCGCCGCGACACGACUAAGCUACCCAAGGACGAGCCAUGCCGGUUUUGUGGCAACAUCUGUACGAGCUGGAAGAAAUUGACUGUUCACUUGGCAAAACACAUGGAGCAGCUCAGCAUGCCCAUUCUUACGCUUGUGGACCAGAAGCAGCUCAACGCGGACAGCAUCAUUAGCCCCGUGGUAGAGCUGCCCGAAAGCCGCAAGCUCUCCAUUACUCCGGGCCGCUCGCCACUAGACAACCCGUCGCGGUACAAUCCUAAUGCCGCAUAUGCACCUGGUAUCGACCCUCACAGUCUUUAUCCUCAGGAAACAAAAUCCCAGGCAGGAUCUACACCGAUGCAAACCUACCCCCCACCGCAAAUGGCACCGCCACCGACUCAGACUAGCGGCUAUGCGAACUAUGUGGCAAACAAUGCCACGAAUUUCACGAACCAGACCUACCCAGGUCUACAGGUCCCUCGGAAGCCACACAAUGGCUACACGAACGGGCUGCAAAUUCCUAGUCAGCCAUACCAGAACGGGAAUAUGCAGAACGGGGUGCAGCAGUAUGGCAUGAAUCCUGUUAAUACCGUUCAACAACAGCAGUCCUUGUACACGGACUCUCCGGUCGACGCUACGACUACACCUUUUCCUUCCUACUACACUCAAGAGCCGCAGGGCUUGACGACUGAGAUGCCGAAUAUGGGUUACGAUAUCAACAACGCUAUGUCUUACCAACAAGGCAGCACCUACCCUGCCAUGUCGUAUCUGACGGCACAACACAACUAUCAAUACCAACAUCAGCAAUAG